GACUGCUUUUUGAGUCGAACAGCAUUCUGGGAAGGGACGCCGGUGGAAAGCUUCUCGAAGGAACUGCAAAGAUGAUGCCCACACCAGUUAUCCUGCUGAAGGAGGGGACAGACACGUCUCAGGGCGUUCCCCAGCUCGUCAGCAACAUCAAUGCCUGCCAGGUUAUUGCUGAGGCUGUCCGGACCACCCUUGGUCCAAGGGGCAUGGACAAACUGAUGGUGGAUGGCAGAGGUAAGGCCACCAUCUCCAAUGAUGGAGCCACCAUCCUGAAACUGCUGGAUGUGGUUCACCCUGCAGCCAAGACCCUGGUGGACAUCGCCCGCUCCCAGGAUGCUGAGGUUGGUGAUGGCACCACCUCUGUUACCCUCCUGGCUGCUGAGUUCCUGAAGCAGCUCAAGCCGUACGUGGAGGAGGGUCUCCACCCUCAGACCAUCAUCAGAGCCUUCCGCACCGCCACCCACCUCGCUGUCAGCAAGAUCAAGGAGAUUGCCGUGCCUGUGAAGAAAGGCGACAAGCAAGAGAUGAGGCAGCUGCUGGAGAAGUGUGCAGCCACUGCCCUGAAUUCCAAGCUCAUUGCCGGUCAGAAGGACUUCUUCUCCAAAAUGGUGGUGGAUGCCGUCAUGUCUCUGGACAUCCUGCUGCCUCUCAAGUUGAUCGGUAUCAAGAAGGUCCCUGGAGGAGCCCUUGAGGAUUCCCAUAUGAUCUCUGGAGUUGCGUUCAAGAAGACUUUCUCCUAUGCCGGGUUUGAGAUGCAGCCUAAACGUUAUGACAACCCAAGGAUUGCUUUGCUCAACGUGGAGUUGGAGCUGAAGGCUGAGAAGGAUAACGCCGAGAUUCGCGUAAAAAAUGUCGAGGAGUAUCAGGCCAUCGUGGACGCCGAGUGGACCAUCCUGUACGACAAACUGGAGAAGAUCCAUCUGUCAGGAGCCAAGGUGGUUCUGUCCAAGCUGCCCAUCGGUGAUGUGGCCACGCAGUACUUUGCUGACAGAGACCUGUUCUGUGCCGGCAGGGUGCAGGAGGAGGACAUGAAGAGGACCAUGAUGGCGUGCGGCGGCUCCAUCCAGACGUCGGUGACGGCCCUGACAGACAACGUCCUGGGACUGUGUGAACACUUUGAGGAGGUCCAGGUUGGAGGAGACAGGUAUAACUUCCUUAAGGGCUGCCCCAAGGCGAAGACCUGCACCAUCAUCCUGAGGGGUGGAGCGGAGCAGUUCACAGAGGAGACGGAGCGAUCACUGCACGACGCCAUCAUGAUCGUACGCAGAGCCAUCAAGAAUGACUCAGUUGUAGCAGGUGGAGGAGCCAUAGAGAUGGAGCUGUCCAAGUACCUGAGGGAUUAUUCCAGGACCAUCCCUGGAAAACAGCAGCUGCUGAUCGGAGCGUACGCCAAGGCCCUGGAGAUCAUCCCCAGACAGCUGUGUGACAACGCUGGCUUCGACGCCACCAACAUCCUGAACAAACUGCGCGCCAAACACGCACAGGGCGGUAUGUGGUACGGUGUAGAUAUCAACAACGAGGAUAUUGCAGAUAACUACAUCGCCUGCGUCUGGGAGCCCUCCAUCGUGAGGAUCAACGCUCUGACAGCAGCAUCAGAGGCAGCCUGUCUCAUCCUGUCUGUGGACGAGACCAUCAAGAACCCCCGCAGCAGCAUGGACGGACCACCAGGGGGCGGCAGGGGCCGGGGCCGCGGCAUGGGCAGACCCCAUGCUCACUAAGAGACGCAGGAACGGAAGCCCAUUUCUAAACUGGAAUUACAACCCAAAUGCAGAUAGAGGACGGUGUUCAUGUUUGAUCUGCAUUUAGAUUGUAAUUGUAGUUGAACAUUUGGUGUUUCAACAGCCGUACACACAUUGCAUUUGGCAGGUGUAGUGAAACAAAAAAGGGGAAGCAAUUUCAAGAUGGAUUGUUAGACUUUUGUCAAAGAUGGAUGACGUCUGUUUUUCUUUGUCACCUGUAGUUUUUUCUUACUGAAGCUUUCACUAGGUCACGUCUGUUUAACAUUUCAAGCACUGUAUCUUUCCAUGUGUAGCCAUUUUGCUGAAAAAGUGAUGAUGCAAUACAAGAAUGAAAGUAGUUCCCCCCUUGGUUUGAUGAAACACUCCUGUCCCCUCCUCUCUGAAGCAGUUGUUCCAUCAGCUCUAAUCUGUGCUUGUGUUACCUGACAAACUGAUGUGUAACAUGGGAAGGAAAGCACUGAUGUGAAAGAGUUCUGAACCAUUCAUUGUUUAGGCUGUGUGAAACUAUUUAUUGGACCAUUCUUAUCAAUAAAUGCACAGCUGAAAUCAUA